CUCCCGGACCCAGCAAGCCAGCCGCCGCGGCGGGCCGUGGGCAUCAUGGGGACAGCCUCGUCGCUGGUGAGUCCCGCUGGCGGGGAGGUGAUCGAGGACACGUACGGGGCAGGCGGCGGCGAGGCCUGCGAGAUCCCGGUGGAGGUGAAGCCCAAGGCCCGCCUGCUGCGCAGCUCGUUCCGCAAGGGUGGAGCCGGGCCCGGGUCGCUGCCUCGCGCGGCGGGCGGCGGCGGGCUGCUGGGAGCCAGCUUCAAGUCCACCGGCUCGUCUGUGCCAGAGCUGGAGUACGCGGCAGCCGAGUUCGAGCGGCUCAAGAAGGAGUAUGAGAUCUUCCGGGUCAGCAAGAACCAGGAGUUGCUGUCCAUGGGUCGCCGAGAGGCCAAGCUGGACACCGAGAACAAGCGGCUGCGGGCGGAGCUGCAGGCACUUCAGAAAACUUAUCAGAAGAUACUUCGGGAAAAAGAGGGUGCAUUGGAAGCAAAAUACCAAGCCAUGGAGAGAGCAGUUACAUUUGAACAUGACAGAGACAGAGUUAAAAGGCAAUUCAAGAUUUUUAGGGAGACCAAAGAAAAUGAGAUACAGGACUUACUGAGGGCCAAGCGAGAGCUGGAAAGCAAACUCCAGAGGCUGCAGGCUCAGGGCAUCCAAGUUUUUGACCCUGGGGAGUCUGAUUCGGAUGACAACUGUACGGAUGUCACAGCUACUGGAACCCAAUGUGAAUACUGGCCCAGCAGAGCCUUGGGAAGUGAGCCGUCCAUAGGCAGCAUGAUCCAGCUCCAGCAGUCCUUCCGAGGCCCUGAAUUUGCCCACAGUUCUAUAGAUGUGGAAGGACCCUUCGCAAACAUCAACCGAGAUGACUGGGACACUGCUGUGGCUGGCUUAUUGCAGGUCACCCCCUUGUUCUCACACUCUCUGUGGAGUCACUCCGUCAGAUGUUACCUCAUCUACACAGAUGAAACCCAGCCCGAAAUGGAACUUUUCCUUAAGGACCAUUCACCUAAACUUAAAAGAAUGUGCGAGGCAAUGGGAUAUUUUUUCCAUGCUGUUUAUUUUCCAAUAGAUGUUGAAAAUCAGUACCUCACUGUAAGAAAAUGGGAACUCGAGAAGAGUUCUUUAGUUAUUUUAUUCCUUCACUCAACGUUACCAAGUUUUCUACUGGAAGACUGUAAAGAAGCCUUUCUGCAAAACCCAGAAGGAAAACCACGAUUAAUCUACCAUCGUUGGGAGGAUGGGAAAGUCACUUCCGACUCUGUCCAGCAGUUCCUGGAUCAAGUUUCUGACCUAAGCAAGACCAACAAAGCCAAGAUCAUCGAUCACUCAGGGGAUCCGGCGGAGGGCGUGUAUAAAACUUACAUCGCUGUGGAAAAGAUUAUUAAACAGGACAUCCUCGGCCUUGAGAACACAGACGUGGAGGUAAAGGAUGUGGGCAGUGAGGAUUCCACUCCAGAAGAAGAUGAUUUCGGGGAUGUUCUGUGGGACAUACACGAUGAGCAGGAGCAGAUGGAAGCCUUUCAGCAGGCUUCGAACUCAGCCCAUGAACUGGGAUUUGAGAAAUAUUACCAGCGCCUGGAUGAUCUGGUGGUGGCACCAGCCCCAAUCCCACCCCUCCUGGUUUCUGGAGGACCAGGUUCUGGAAAGUCCCUCCUUUUAUCAAAGUGGAUUCGGCUACAGCAGAAGCAUUUCCCUAACACGCUGAUCCUGUCUCAUUUUGUGGGGCGGCCCAUGUCAACCAGCUCAGAGUCCUCCUUGAUUAUCAAGCGGCUGACUCUGAAGCUGAUGCAGCACUUUUGGGCUGUCUCUGCACUGACCCUGGAUCCUGCUAAGCUGCUGGAAGAAUUCCCACACUGGCUAGAGAAGCUCUCCGCUCGGCAUCAGGGCAGCAUCAUCAUCGUCAUCGAUUCCAUAGAUCAAGUUCAGCAAGUGGAGAAGCACAUGAAGUGGCUGAUAGACCCACUGCCGGUGAACGUCAGAGUUAUUGUUUCUGUGAAUGUGGAGACCUGCCCCACUGCAUGGAGGUUGUGGCCUACACUGCAUCUGGAUCCUUUAAGCCCCAAAGAUGCAAAAUCCAUAAUAAUGGCAGAGUGCUGCUCUGUAGACAUGACGUUGAGCAGAGAGCAGGAGAAGAAGCUGGAACAGCAUUGCCGCUCGGCCGCGACCUGCAACGCCCUCUACGUCACCCUUUUCAGCAAAAUGAUGGCGAGUGCCCGGAGAGCAGGCAACUUAGAUGAAACCCUUCCUGAGUGCCUGCAGUGUCAAGAUACGGUUUCAUUAUACAGACUCGCGCUCCGCUCCAUCCGGGAGUCCGUGCCACGUGAUGUGGAUAAAGAGCUGAUGACACAGGUUCUCUGCCUCAUCAACGUCAGUCACAAUGGUGUGAGUGAGUCGGAGCUGAUGGAGCUGUAUCCAGAGACGUCCUGGGCCUCCUUGACCUCCAUUGUUCACAGUUUACACAAAAUGUGUGUGCUGACUUACAGCUGUGGCUUGCUUAGGUUUCAACAUCUGCAGGCCUGGGAAACAGUGAGACUGGAGUACAUGGAAGACCCCACCCUCAUUUCUUCGUAUAGGCAAAAGCUAAUCAACUAUUUUACCUCACAGCUCAGUCAGGACAGAGUGACCUGGAGAAGUGCGGACGAGCUCCCGUGGCUUUUCCAGCAGCAGGGAAGCAAACAGAAGCUGCACGACUGCCUCCUCAAUCUCUUCGUGUCUCAAAACCUCUACAAAAGAGGACACUUCGCCGAGUUGCUGAGUUACUGGCAGUUUCUUGGCAAAGACAAAGGUGCCAUGGCCACCGAGUACUUCGAGUCGCUGAAGCAGUAUGGGAACUGUGAAGGCGAGGAGAACAUGCUCUGCCUAGCCGACCUGUAUGAAACCCUCGGCCGCUUUCUGAAGGACCUCGGUCUUCUCAGUCAGGCCGUGGUGCCUUUACAGAGGUCCCUAGAAAUUCGGGAGACAGCCUUAGAUCCAGACCACCCGAGAGUUGCCCAGUCCCUGCACCAACUGGCCAGUGUGUACGUGCAGUGGAAGAAGUUUGGGGAUGCAGAGCAGCUGUAUAAACAGGCCUUGGAGAUCUCGGAAAACGCGUAUGGUGCGGACCAUCCACAUGCUGCUCGUGAACUGGAGGCACUGGCAACUUUGUACCAUAAACAGAAUAAAUAUGAACAAGCUGAACAUUUUAGGAAAAAAUCCGUUGUAAUCCGUCAGCAAGCCACAAGGAGGAAAGGCAGCCUGUAUGGGUUUGCCCUGCUACGCAGACGGGCCCUGCAGUUAGAAGAACUCACCUUAGGCAAGGACAAGCCUGAGAAUGCCCGCACCCUCAAUGAACUCGGUGUCCUCUACUACCUUCAAAACAACCUGGAAACAGCAGAGCAGUUUCUGAAGCGUUCCUUGGAAAUGAGGGAGCGGGUGCUGGGGCCAGAUCACCCAGACUGUGCCCAGUCCCUAAAUAACUUGGCAGCUCUUUGCAAUGAAAAGAAGCAGUAUGAUAAAGCAGAAGAGCUCUACGAGCGAGCCCUGGACAUCCGGAGACGAGCCUUGGCGCCUGACCACCCUUCCCUGGCCUACACAGUGAAGCAUCUCGCAAUCCUGUAUAAGAAAACAGGAAGAGUUGACAAAGCUGUACCUUUGUAUGAAUUGGCUGUUGAAAUUCGGCAGAAAUCCUUUGGCCCAAAGCACCCCAGUGUAGCUACUGCCUUGGUGAACUUGGCAGUCCUUCAUAGCCAAAUGAAAAAGCACAGUGAAGCCCUGCCACUUUAUGAAAGAGCAUUAAAGAUUUAUGAAGAUAGCUUGGGGCGGAUGCAUCCUCGAGUUGGAGAAACAUUAAAAAAUUUAGCUGUGCUCAGCUAUGAAGAAGGGAAUUUUGAAAAGGCUGCUGAACUGUACAAAAGGGCAAUGGAAAUAAAAGAGCAGAGACAUCGCUUUUGGGUGGAAAAGCUCCUUCAAGGCAGUCAUCAAGUGGAGACACGUUUAUCUUUAAAACAACUCAUUCUCCUAAUAUUUUCCUUCCCCAAGGACAAAGGUAACAGUGCCAAUUUUUUACAAGAAUACCUCAGGAUAAAACAAACAUCUGGAACAUCUGAAUUCAAAACCAUGUUUUUAAAGAAAAUCAUUUUCCUACUUAGUGUUAUUUAACUGGUAUUUGCAUGAAGUUGUAUUGGAUUACACUUAGUUGUUAUGUCCAGUUUAAAUUGAUUAAAUAACCCAUUUCCUAUGGGAUGAGAUCCAGGGUGUAGACGUCAGCGCUCUAAUAACAUGAGGAGUGGGUUGGUCUCUGCAACAAGAGCUGGCGGGAGCCCAUGGUUUAAGAAUUCCAUGAUUCUUUUGCUCCCUUGAGAGCAGCCUUAGACCUGCCAUUCACUGGUCUUGUUUUCAACAGGGGUUUGACCCAGUUCUCUACCUCAAAGAAAUGUUUACGAAUGGUCUGAACAUUCUUCAGUGAAAUAAACCAGAUAGGAAUUCUUGUUUUCCUUUUCCUGGGUUUGUGUGUGAGGACAUGCACACACAUGGGCAUGCACAUGUGGAGGUCAGGGGUCAGCCUUGGGUAUCAUUCCUCAGUUGCUGUCCACCUUGAUUUUUCUUUUGAGACAGGGUCUCAGUGACCUGGUGCUCAUUUAGCUAGACUGACUGGUCUUCCAGCAUCCAGGUACCCUAUCCACCUGACUCCACCUCCUGAAAUAGGAUUACAAGCCUCCAAUCCUAUGCCCAGCUUUCUAAAGGGGGUUCUGGAGAUUGAACUUGGGUCCUUAUGCUUACAUGGCAAAUGCUUUACCAACUGAGCUAUCUCCCCGCCUCUUACUGUGUAUGUGAGAGCUCAGGCUGACCAUGAACUCAUCAUCACUCCUCCUUGGCCUCCUGGGUGCUGGGAUCACAGGUGUGUGCCACACCUGGCUUUGCUUUCAAGUCUUCCUUUUCCCUAAGCUGACUUAGUCAGCCCACCUUUUGUGCUGUCUCCAGGGAAGUUUAUCACUGUGCUGUGCUGCAGUGUCGGAUGGCAGCCACGGGUGCAAGGCUCUGUACCAUUCUGAUCUUAUUGUGGUACAGGCCUGGCCCCUAGCUACUCACAAGCUGAGGCAGGAGGUUCUCAAGGUCAGGGCGAGCCCAGGCAACUUAGUGAGACCUUGUCACAAAACUAAAAAGUAGGGCUGGGGACACAGUGGUAGUAUGCAUCAUACCCUGGGUUUAGUCCUCAGCACACACAAAAAAGCCAUGACAAUCCCAUUUCUCUCCUAAAUGGUCUAAAUUAAUCUUGCUUUACCUCAAUUAGUUGUCAUUUUUAUACUGAGAAUUAAGUAUUUUUAUAGAUUUUAUAAUAUUGCCACAUUAGUUUUUAUUUGUAUAUUUGUAGUAAAAUUUUCAUCAAUUUUAAAUCUCAUAAGAUCUCAAUAUGUAUUAUUAUAAAGAUGUUAUAGAAAUUGUAUUCCAUUGUCUUAAAAUAAAAGUACAAUGGCCAAGUUCUCUUUUUUGUACUCUGUACUGGGGGCUACACUUUGUAUAAUUAUUUUAAAAUAAACAUUGACCGUAUUUUAGCAGACUUGAAUAUUGGCCAGGUUUACUCAGUAGUUUGAUGAAGUUGAAGAACUCUGGUGACUGCAGGCUGUGCCCAGUGUCAUCGCAUCUUCCCCAGGGGAUGCAGUAGCCAGUGCCAUCGCCUACAGAACUUACAGUCAGUCUGCGAGGCCUCACCUGAGCCACUCAAGCAGCCUGAGAGCUAGGUGGCCAGGGAACUCCUGAGCUUGUGAGCUUGAGAAGCACUGCUACAAUCUAGACACUGUGAUUGACAGUGACUUAAAUUAGACAGGAAUGCACAGAAGAAGGAUUCCUCUUCCACCCUUUGGGGGAGGGUCAAGGUUCAGGAGGAAAAAAGCUAAAAUAUGAGUGUAACCUAUCUCUUGGGGUUUGCCCUGUGAAAGGUACAAAUAACUGAAUUCAUGAAUACAUUAAAUAUUGAUUUUACAACUCAUUUAUCAGAGCUCAAAAUCUGAUUAUUUCAUGAUUUAAUACACUGAAAGUAUAGUAUUAAGUUUAACACCUUAAAACAACUCUGUGAUCAAUACUCUAAAAGAAUCUUCAAAAAAGCAUCAUAUUUUUCUUCUAAAAUUUAGAUUUGAGAACUUUACAAAACUAUUUUUAAAACUUAAGGGUUAAAUGACUGAGGUGGUCACUCUAAAUUAUAUAUUUCAAAUUAAGUAUAUAGUAAAAUUAUUUUAUCUAUUAUUUUUAUCUCAUUAUUUACUGUACUAACAAUGUUUGCCUUCACGAGAAUGCCUAAAAGCAACUGUAACAAACAUUUGUGUGUAGAUCUGUAAUUCAAACAGUCAAAUUAUGUUCAUGUUAACAUAGAUGUGAUUCUCAGAUUAUGUUCAUGUUAACAUAGUUAUAAGAUUUUCAAGUUACAUUCAUGUUAACAUAGAUGUGAUUCUUAGUUAAUUAUGUUCACAUUAACAUACCCUUCACAGCAAAAUGGUAAUUUUCAGACAAGUCCCUCAUAAACAAUUGCUAAGAGCCAAAUUUUGCUAUAACUUGUCCUCAGUACUUUACAGAAAGGAAAAUUGGAAAAACAAAAAUGUGAUUUGAUGCAGUCAAAGCUUCUCUGACAUAUUCUUAAAGUCAUUGCCUUUUCCUAUUGGCCCACAUUUUUGGGUGUCAGGAGAAUUUUCAUGAGAAGAAAAAUACAAAAACCUGAGAAGCACAGAUUGCCUUUCUGCUAACAAAAGAAACAAAAUGAUGAAUGGUUUUACUGCCGUCUAGACUCUGGAUUCUAGAGUCACUGUUAGAACGGUAUUGGGGCUGCUGGCCUUUCUCACUAGGAGUCACAGCAUCUACACAUCCAGCCAAACCUCUACGUGGUAAUUCAUGAUGCAGUGUCUUAAUUCUCAGCCACUGCUGCUGCCCCUUAGUCUCUGUGGCCACAGACUAUGGGGAGAGCAAUAUGGGAUUAAAAGGUGCCUGCCACCAGAUUGCAUUUAGUUAUUUUUGAGAUGAUAAUCCAGUAGUUUCCAAUGAAAGAUAUUGGGUAAGAGUGAGAUACAUGAGAAUCCAGGACAGCCUAAGAUACCAGAAAGAGAGAUCUUUAGAAGUCAGUUAAUCCUAUAUAUUAUACCUUAACCAAACCUGAAAGUUCAACAAUUUCAAGUAAGCUUUAGAAAAUUCAUGGACCAGUAUUUCUAAAGAAUUAUUCUAAAAAAAAAAAAAAAAUUCAUUUAAAAAAUUUAAA